AUCAUCCAAUCUGCCUGCGCCAAGCAGGUUGGCAAUGUGGAGAGUGCGAGACUAGUUCCGGGUGAUCGGUCACCUUGAUUACAAUUCAAUACCCGAUUUCAUGAGCCUUUAGCCAUAGGGCUGAUUAAUCUAUCUACCAAAUCUUGUGUUUCGAGCGUGAGUGGUAUUCGUGGAACUGGGCUAAUUAUUCGACGUCACCAACCAAGUCACCCUAUAUACCCUCCACGAGCUCAAUUUCGUGAUGCGGGGUGUCUGCUAUCUAGAAGCAUCCGUCCGGGUGAAACCUUCGAUUCGUUGCUCAUUUAAACACGCCUAGAAUUGGCAUUUUUUAAACUACCGAGUAGGAUACGCGGCAGAGAGGGGAGAACCACCGCAUUGUAACACAACGCGAAGUAACCGGGUCGUCACAUACGACGUUGGGGUAUACAUACAAUAAUGGAGGGCAUCGACAGGCCCCAUUUUCGGGUUCUAUCACACUAGGUGUCGCCCCUUUCUUGCGGAUCGCAAUCAUGCUUUUGCAAUUCGCAUGGCUUUGGGCAGCAUUGCUGUCGGACGUCGCGAACGCGAGAGGCCAUCACAUCUCGCGCCGGAGUGAAUGCGCGCCGUUUGACAGCGGGACAAUUAUCGUCGACUCGUACCAGCUCUACCCCGAGAACGCCGACUUCGAUCUGAAUCAAUGUCUCUUGUACUUCGGCGCGCUUUUCAACGCAUCGGUAAUCGUGUACGACCCGUACAAGGCCGAGACGGUCUUGACGAUAGAAUUCCCAGGCGUAACACGCACUAGGUCAUUCCACGUCGGGGGUGUCGCAUGGGAUCCGUACACGAACUUGAUAUCGAUCCUUGCCGACUCCGCUGUUCCACAUGAAACCCCUGACCACAAGAUUUCAGGUGACGACUACAUCGUGCGAUACGAUCCCGUCAGGAAAGAGCUCGUAUGGGCCCUUAACAUCACCGAGGUGAGCCAGGGGUUAUAUGGCGGUCAGCAAGACGUCGAGCAUGAUUCCCGCGGCCACGUUUACGUGCUAGGAAGUUAUCCGGGCACGAUAUUACGGGUCGAGCCGGAUGGUAGUAGCAUCGAACCAUGGUAUUUGCCUGAGACUAUUGACCAUACCUACGCUGGGCUCACCGGUCUCGCGGCGAUCGGAGAUAUUCUCCUGGUCAGCGACGCGAAGAAUGAAACCGGCAGCGGCGAAAUUUACCGUUUCGACCUGACAGCAGACAAAGGCACGCCUGUGCUCGUUCCCAGGACCCCGUCUAAUAGUUCGAUCGAGUCGCUCGACGCUAUAUACCUACCGCCGAAAUACGAAGGGAAAGUGCUACUCGUUUCGGAGCAUUACAGGGGUGUCUCGGUGCUGAGAUCAGCGGACGGCAAGUGGGAAGCCGCCGAAUAUCUGGGCCUUAUACCGAACGAUCCUUCCCUGGACCCCGAAUCCUUCAACACUGCAACCGUCGAAGUAUCCGGAACCGUUUUCGCGGUGAUCGAAUGGUUCAGCGAUCCGAUCGUUCCCGGCACCUCGGCCGGAAAUAGGACGGAAUUCCCACUUGUAGAUAUUACACCGGAUAUUGAAAAGCUCUUGGCAACCCCUCAGUAGGUAGAAUAAGACGAAAGAUAGGUUCGUCACGAAUGAAUUCGAAAUCGAUGUUUCUUAGUGCUUCAAUUAGUUUGCGAUUGUAGGGGCUGGUUCGAUCAAUGCGACGGCGAUAAGAAGCGGCGUUUGAUGGGCGGUUAGAUGCGGCCCAGCUUCAGUAGGGCGGUUUGCUUGAUAACCAACAACUCCUUACAAACAGCGAAAUCGGUAAUUGAAACGAAAUAUCCAAUCUAGGGUCUCAUUAAAUUACCCUUGUUUUCCUAGAGACAUUGCUGCGAUGAUAAUAAUUUUUUGACGAUAACCUAUAGGUAUGGAUCCACAUUGAUGUAAAUAAUCUGGGUUAAACCAUUCUGAUGUAAAUAAUCUGGGUUAAACCAUUCGUGACUCCGUCCUAUCUUACAAUCAAAACGUCGUCAAGUUCACUCCAUCGUUAUCACUAGAUCUUUCUAAGGUAAC